AUGCGUGUGCAGCUAAUUAUAGCAGAGAUGCUGCUCUUUUGCCUUGCGCGUGGAAGACUCUCUCUUGACCAGCUCGAAGAACUUGAGACACUUGAGAUAGAAGGGAGGGAUAAAACCGUCUAUGUAAACCCCCGCGGAUCCCUGAACUUCCUGCACGGGUAUAUGCACAGGAAGAACGGACACAUGCACAAUGUCCGACUCUUUUCCCCCGAAGUAAAGACGAACUACUGCCUGGAGAUUAGCCCGAGGAGCCAGAGCGUAAAGGACAAAUUCCGGUAUAAAAGAGCCCCACUGAAAGACGUUGCAUACUACAAAAAUAGCCAGAAUGUAAGCGCUAAAACCAUGCUUAUGCAGUGCACGAGCAUCGUUAAAAUGUUUCCCUCAGAGGGUGGGGUUCUAUCGAUAGAGUCCAGCAACUUGGACUCUUUCACGAACUUUCUGCGCGCAUUUCCCAACCAGAAAUCUAUAUACGGACUCCUUGCAGCACUUCUUCUUCUGAGCGAGGGCGUCUCACUGAAUAUCAGAGUCUCUGGGGCGAUUAUUUCCCUGUACAAAGCAAAUGGAAACCCCCUAUUCCUGCUAAGUGAGAUCAUUGCGAGCACAACCUCACACGAUACCUCCGAGGGAGAAGUUCCCUACUCCCUGACUGAAGUGGGGAUAGUCGUGGACUUCUUCAAGCAGGCGCAAAAGAAGAGGGAGACCCCGAAAAGGACGAAAGAGUACGCGACAGGAGAGUUUCUAGGCACUCCCUGGUUUAUCAUACAGUCGUAUAUAUACGAGUAUAUAGAAAGUGUAGAUGCUGCAAAAGAAGUUAUUCUAAGCGUCCACGAGAUUCUGGCAAAUAUCAUUGAGAAUGUCCCCGACAAGAAGGAGAAUAAAAAAGUGGAAAUGGCAAAGUACGUAUAUAAAAAACUGUUUGUCUCCCUGGAGAAGAUGCAGGCAGAGAAGAGUUUGCACGCGGUUAAACUUAUGAAGUACUUAGUGAUGAGUCCUCUCCCCUUUCCAUUCUCGCACUUCAACGAACUGCCUGCAUGCAGGAUGAUUCCGCCGCAUAUUCGGCAUAAAAGAGGGAAGGACGCAGAAUUUCGCCCUCAGUACUCGCAGUUCUUCAUGAACUAUGCGGAGAAUGCCCUUUACACUCUCAUGUGCUCUCUCCUGUACAGCCAGGAAUUCGGAAAGUACUCUACGGAAAAGCUUUCAAAUAACGAGGGGGCAAGAGAUUUGAAGAUGUUUUUCGUGCAGGAGAAUCCCUCCCCCGGUGAAGUUGUGGAUCUUAGCCUGCACAAGGCGUGGAAUUCUGUAGUUUCCUGCCUCUCGAGCCUGAAUAUCAGGUAUCUCCUGAGAAGCAGAAACCAGAUCUGCUGUGGGCUCCUGAAUAUGCUUCUGGUGAUAGCUGAAAUCACGGGAAAGCGGAAGACCCAGGAAAACACCAUUCUGGACUUCAUGAAGACCCUGAAAAAAGACUCUGCACAUGCCCCGUCAUUCUACCUUUACCUGCAAAAUUACGUGAGCUCCUUCCUCAGGACGCUUAUUGUGGGGAAUAACGUAGAAGUAGAGUGCGUGGGACUUACGAAGGGCAUUGACCAAACAGGAGAAUACGAUGUUUUUGGGGAGAUCCACGUGAAAUACCGCGUAGACGCGAAGGAAGACACUCUCGCCAUAAGAGUCGGAGCAGAAAGCACAAGCAGCGAAUUCAUACGGCGAGAGAUUGCACUCCCAGAGAAAACGCUGAAAAGCCUCAAGAAACUCUCGCAGAAGUGCAAGAAACGAGGCACUUUCCUGGGCCUUCUCUCCUGUCAGUAUGCGAAGGGAAUUGGGCAAGUGUGCGACUCCGAAGUGGAAAGUACGAUCGCUUCCAUUGUCAAGAAAAUCCUUCACGGCACAGAAAAAGACAGAAUAGAUACGAUAUUCGCCCUAAGAAAAAUAGAAGGCUUAAAAUACAAAAAACUUCUCGUAGACUUUUCUGUGGGAUACAGCGUAAACUAUUGGGGGCAUGCGAGCACACAUUUAGAGAAUAGUGGGCUUUCACGGCUUGCUCUGAACAUACUCGGAAGCACGCCUUUGGAGAAUGUGCAGACGCAGAAAAUGUUUUUUCCUAUUUUUAUAUACACAGGCAGUUACUACCUUCUGCAGAGGAAGAUAGAUGUGCCUGUAUCUGAAUACAAUCACUUAUUUUCAGGCUGUGAUCUCUUCAUGGAUCUGCUCAUUUUUGCCUCGACAAAUACUCUCUGCAACAUCAUUUGGCAUAUGGUGGACUGUUCUACACUGGAGGAGAAGCACCCGCACAGGAAUAUAAAAGGGCCUUUGGAGGAGCAGGAGAGCAUGAGAAUCAUCUUUUCGACUUUGAUCACUAACUCCCCGGACUGUGUCGUAUACAAGCUCCCAAAAGUGAAUGCGUACUGCCCGAAGGAGGAGAAGGUGCCGUACUCUCUGCUGAAUCUGGCUAUAUUUUCCUUUGUCUGCAGGUACAGGAAAGACGACCUGAAAACCAUCAAUGCGAUAUACGACUGCAUUAUGUGCACUCCCAAGGAGACGCACUUUGUCCUGAGAAAGAGGUACUGCCAAGAAGGAAUGCAUGCACUGUCGUAUAUGCGCGAUAAUAUCCAGGCUCUUCAAAAGAGAAAGCUCGCGAAAAAAAGGUUUGCUCUGCCCAUUUACGUGAAGCACUUCGGGACGAGAAGAAGUGCCUAUAAAUACCGGAAAGUGCGGAACUUCUUUAUGUUUAGAGAGGAGGGCUGCUGA